AUGACUACACCUGGUUUUGUCUCGAAAGAGCGACUGCUCGAGAUUGGAGAGGACUUUGCAGCCACCGUCAACGGACGUAUCUUCCCGGUAUUUGUUGAGACUAUCCUGUAUACACUUUAUUCAGUACUCAUCGUUAUUCAUUUCAUCAAGCACAGGAAUAAUCCCCGUCAUGCGCCAGGCAUCUUUGCUCUCUCCGUAUGGCUAUACCUGCUAUGCACUGCCUGCUGGGCCUUAGACUUCUCCAUGAUGUGCACUGACCUAUACCGGUAUCUUCCUGAAACCCUUUCCUCUGACGCCACGAUGGCAUCCGAUAACGAAGAAGUCGUGAACCUCAACUCAACUCGCAUCUUCGUCCAUGAUAUUUUUGCGGGAACCGUCUUCGUAUUCUGCGACGUGAUCGCAUUGUGGAGGGCGUAUGUGAUAUACGGAAGACCUAGGUGGUUGGCAAUCUGUUCUACAUGUUUGUUCUCCCUAUCCUUGGUUCUGUACGCUCUGGUUGGUAUAUUCGACAUUACACAGAACCUAAGAGACGCUCCCGCCUUCGUGCUAGACGUGCAUUCCACAGUCAUAGCAGCCCUAGCCUUUUCAGCACUUUCGACGACCAUGGUCGCGCAUUGCGCUAGCACUGCACUGAUUGCACGGAAAGCAUGGGUACAUCGCCGGAGGCUACGGUGCCUCAUCAAUGCCCGUGUGGGCAACUCCAAAGACUACAAGCCAAUGAUCGUACUUUCUACGGUCAUAGAGUCAGCAUCUACGGCAAUAAAUGAGGACUAUUUUGGAUGGUCCAGGUCUCGGGCAUGUACCCCACUCUGA